AUGGAGCGGAGUGUGCUGGGGUUCCUGGUACUGCUGGCGCUGCUCGGCCUGGGGCACGCCGCCGAUCAGCCGCCUAAGGUCGAAGUCUACGCCCGUACACACGCCGUGGAGGGACAGGAGAACACUCUCCACUGCUUCGUCACCGGCUUUCACCCACCAAAGAUCGAGGUAGAGCUCCUGAAGAACGGCGAGCCCAUGACCGACGUCAAAUACGGGGACUUGUCCUUCAACGAGAAGUGGCAGUUCCAGCGCCUGGUCUAUGCGCCCUUCACCCCUACCAGGGGUGACAUCUUCGCUUGCAGGGUGGCGCAUUCCAGCAUGCCGGAGCCGAUGAUCUACCGAUGGGAACCAGACUUCUGAGCUGUGUCUGGGGUGAUCCAUGGUCUGAAAAACUCUUCUCAAGCUUGUGUCCAGUCGUCAUGAUAACCACAAGAGUGAUUAUCUUGCUUCAAGGAAUUCUUUAAUCAUGCUUGUCAAGAUAUCUUUUGCACGAAGCAGCAAGGGGGCUCUGGAGGCUUUUUGAGCAUGCAGCUAUAAAUGCCUACAUUACUGGUUAAAAACAAUUUUAGCUACAAAGUGCUCCAAAUUGUACAGGAUUUUUACCUUAAUAAAAUUGUAGCUAUUUAAAUGUUUUUUCAGAGUCAUUGGACAACCUGAGCUGAUUUCAAGGGCUCUGGCGUCUGCUGGGUUGUAAGUGAAUCUGGAGCCUGGUGGCACUGAUGCUCAGUUGUACUUUUUUAUCGUACUGAGAAUGUGUAAAAACCACUUUUCCAUCAUUA